AUGAGUGGCAGAGUAACCAGAUCCCAACAAUUGCCGUUAGCAGAAGGAUUACGCUUUUCCAAACAUCCGUGCACUACCGAUGAACGGCCUGACCUGAGGGGUCUAUAUGGUCAGUUGGAUCAAAACUAUUUUGAUGGAGGACUAGCAGCUGCGGGGUAUACAAUAGGUUGGGGGCGGAGGAUGAAAAAGACUUCUGGGUACACUGACCUACCCCUACGCAUAGUUCGGAUUAGUUGGGAAAUCCAUAGGCUUCUUCCUGAAGAAGAACUGAUCGGAACAUUACUUCACGAGAUGAUUCAUGUCAAGCUGUUUCAUCAUAGGAAUGAUGCCGAUAGUUUCAGUCACAAGGGCGAAUUUAAAAAGGAGAUGAGGCGCAUUAACAAAAUUGGGCCCUACCGGGUAGUCAUUCAUCACAAUCUUCCGCGGAAAGUACUCUACCAAUUGCGUCCGUACGUGUGGAAAUGCAGGAGCUGUAAACACAUUCUGCGGCUGACUGACUCCCGGAAGCCUGGAUUAAAGAGUUUUCAUCGCGUGAGAGGAGGAAAGGGUUGCGCGAAACCUUCGUGGACUAAAGUUAAAUAG